CGUUAACCGGGGUUCCACUGUACUAAAAAUGCCCUAGUUUAAUUAAUAAGUGGCAGGCCGAUCACAAUAGUCAGUGAAAUUUUACACAGGAAAUACAGAACUGGUUUAGGAAAAUGUAUUUUGAUUACAUUAAGCAGCCGAUAACAGUAACCAGUAGUGGCAAUAAACAAAAGAUACUGUACUUAAAUUUUUCUCUCCCUCUCUCUCUCUCUCAGGCGCAAAGAUAAUUGAAGGAAAUAAUUUUGAGAAGAUUUAGUAUAAUGUACAAAGAAUUUUGAUGUAAAAGAUAAAAAUCAAUACUGCACAAAUGAAUACAAAAACUGCUUUAAUUUUCCAUAGUGUAUGUUCAAAAUGUCUUAGUCCAGCUAGAAAGCGCUUGUGGAAUCUACGCGCAGCUUCUCAUAUAUUUUGGUUUAUUUCUUUCUAAAGUAUAAUCAUUUCACACUACUGUUGACGAAUUUAAGGCAUUGCAGCACACUCUACCAGUUAGUGUACAGCGUGUUGCCAAUCGUCACACGAUUUGUGAAGAUUGUUUUUAAUUUGCAUUUUGUUCUUACGUAUGGAUAAUUUACAUACUUCCACGAAACUAUCACAAUAUAGAUAUUCUCUUUUCGAAUGAUUACUUUGGUUCUAUUGUAAAUAUUGUAGCGGAACCGAUGCAUCAUUUGUACACUACCGACAUAAGGUUUAAGACCAAGAGGAUAAGUUAAUUACAUUUAUUGUAACUAGUUCAGGCUUUUCAACAGUAACCAAGCGCAAGAAUUUAAUGUAAAAAUUGUUAUACCUGGCUUUAGUGAUGGCAAAAUCUCACGACAUCGAGAUAAGAAUAAAGGAUGGUCGUAUAGAUCCCUUUUGUCCAAUUUGUCUGUCCACAAAGUCCCAAAGCAGUCGGACGACUGUGGCCAUCCUUCCAAGAGUUGUAGCGCACCUACCGUUUCGUUCCGACAUAGGUUGGACGUUAUCUGGUCGAAAGGCGCUGGCCACUCUGGGAGCGUCGGUGACCGGACUGGACCCUUGUCCGCAAGUGAUCCGAGCGGCCCGAAUCCGUCUGUCGGCCCGUCCCCGCAUCCGGGACCGGGUGGAAUACGUUUGCGGCACGGUGGAAGAGUGGAGCGCGGGGGGCCGCCGCUACCACGCGGCGGUGGCCAGCGAAGUGCUGGAACACGUGGACCGUUUGGACCGAUUUUUGGCCGACUGCGUGGCCUCGCUGAAGGACAACGGAUCGCUGUUCGUCACCACCGUGGACAGAACCGCGGCCUCCUACCUGCUGGGCAUCGUGGCAGCCGAAUACGUCCUGGGACUGUUACCCGCGGGCACGCACCGCUGGAGCAAGUUCGUUUCGCCCCGCGAACUGCGACGCAUCUUGGAAGAAAACGGUUGUCGCCUUCGACUGAUCCACGGCACCCUGUAUCGACCCUGGUCCCAUGGCUGGAGUUGGCAGACCCACCGGGGUCUGUCCUACGCCCUUCACGCCGUUCGAACCUAGACCGCCCCGCCGACCUUUCGGGCAAGGAGAGAAGAGAGGGAGACGGCCUUUUCUCGGACGCCGCAGGGUGGAAGAAGACCGCCGCCGGAGGAGGAGACUGCCUGGCCACUCUGCUGGGAGCGGCCGGAGCCCUGGCCGCCCUCGCCUUCCGACCCAAGUCUUGGCACAUUCUGGUCUGAAUCUGGAGUUUUUCGCCCUCAAUAAACCGUUGACUUCUUCCGACUCUCUCUUUUUUCCGCUUCCGCUCUUUUCUCGCGGUGCGUCACUUUCCGAAAGUUUUAAGAACUGGUUUUUUAUCGGCGGCGCGAAGCGUUCGGUCG